AUGAGCAGAGAGGAGAGCUUAUGGCAGAACGAAUUAAAAGAUCUCAUAUGGCUGGAGCUCCAAGCCUACCACGCCGACAGGACCCCCGUCGAGGAAGACGCCUACCUUUGCAUGGCCCGCGAAUGCGUCGAGCCUCUUUUGAACGAUAUCAAAAAUUACAAAUUCCAGAGACCAUCCAGAAGGUAUCUAACCCAAAACAGCGACAGCGGCCUGGAGGAGGACUGUCCCGGCUGCGUUUCGAUCUACUGUCACCCGUGCUUAGAGGCUCAAAACGAGGCGCUCGGCGAGAUCGAACGGUUGCUCAAACGCCUGGAGGAGGCCGAGCGAUUGUUCCCAUCGAGCAAGGCCUUCGCGGAGCUCUAUCCGCUCUACAGAUCGCCGGAGAUCGUCGGCAGGGUGAGGGCCAUGUGCCAAUGGUACAAUAUGACCAAAAUACAGCGGUUGAAGUUGAACAUUUUGGGGAGAUUGGUGGUUUUGUUGGAUAGCAAACGGUCGGAUUGGCCUUGUAGCUCGGCGGGGGACGAUAACGGUUCCGGCAGCCCAUCGGACAGCAACAACAGCACCAAUUCAACCUUCAGCCUCAUCAGCAACCAAGAUUGCUCAAACACCAACGAUCUCUACCAACCCGUCUCGCCCAUUUGCGAUCUUUUAGCUCCCAAAUCCGGCUCGAACAAAGUCUCCCCCUACCGGAGGUACAUCGAGAACGUGCUCAAAACCCGAGCGCUCGACAAGAGCCUCAAUUUUCUGAGCAAUUUGCACAGCCACGUGCUCAGGAAGACUCAGAUCACGCUGGAGUAUCCGGACGAUGCGGGGGUUUUCUCGAGAACCGGGUGUUGCUCAGACGAUGAGGAGCUCAGAAGAUACGGCUGUUGGAGCCCCGAAUACAAAACCUUAGAUCUACCAUCAUACAGGACGUUGUUCAUAUUUUUGGCCACCGUUCCAUUGGAAGUCGUACACGAAUAUUUGCUGAUGCGAUUGGAACAGAAACCGACCAAUCCGUCCGCUCUGAGCAUCAGGCAGCUGAUGAGAGAACUGAAAACCGGAUUGUACAAGGCUAUCCAGGAAAGAGAAAGAGCCUGUCGAUACAUCGAAUCGGCCACGUCCGGUACCAACAUUGCAACGGUGGAAUUCCGCGAAAAAGUGGAGAAAUUCGACGAGUGCAUCCGGCAGAUAUUCGUCGAUUUCUUGGAUUAUUUGCAACAGUGGGUGCUUUUGAGCAAAACAUUCCAGAAGAAUUUGCUCGAAGAGGAGUUCGAAUUUUGCAUGUUCGUGUGCCGAUCGUUUCCGCGAUUCAAUACGAUUGUGGGGGCGAAAUUCGCUCAUAUUAUGGGGACCAUUUUGAGGAAUACCGGACAGAGAUUGAUUGAAAGGAUUGACGAUUCGUUGGAGACUUUGUCGGCUAAUAAUCAGGCUGAUGGAUUGGUUAAGCAAAACUUAUUCACAUUUUGUCGCAAACUCCAAUCGGUCUUCAACGAAGAACGCGAAACGAGCCUAAAAACGAUGGGAUUCGUCAAAACCAACUUUAGAUCUGAAAACGAUCUCGUUCCGGAUGAUUGCAAAAUCUUCGUAAAGGAUUCCAUAGUGGCGUUUAAAUGCAUCAUACCCGACAGCAUCGUAAAAGUCCAAACUCUGUUCGAUCAUCUGAACGAUCCCACACUGGACGAGGCCGAUAAAAUCGCUUUGAGCUCUCGAAUCAGGGAAAUUCUGAUGCAAAUCUACCGAUUCGGAUUCGAAUUCUACAAAGACCUCUCCGACGCCGCCUCGGAGGACCGCCAACGCUGCCGGCUCGUCGCCAGCAUGAUCGACUUCGCCGAUCUCUGGAUGAAAUUCGCCACCGAACGGUGCGAAAGGGGCCGCGGAAUGCGCCCCCGCUGGGCCUACCAGGGCAUCGAUUUCCUACUCACCGUCUGCGAACCGGCCAACACCCGCUACUUGAACGAAGGCCAAUUCGAAGAGCUCAAGAAGAACAUGGACCGGUGCAUAUCGCACGUGAUCGGCACGACGGCGGCGGCGACGGCGACGACGCCCGACGUCGGUUUGAGGACGGCGUCGCCGCGGUCGAGUUUGGAGCAGAUGAGGUGCAGGUCGAGGGGCUCGUCGCCGAGUCCGAGGCCGACUUAUAAGAGUCAGAGGUCGGGGCAGGGGAGGAGGAUCGGGGCGGAGCAACAGUCGCCCGGGGUUGAUGGUUCGGAUGGGUGCGGAGCGAAUAAUAGUUUUCGCAGAGAGGAUUCGAAGAACGGCCAGGUCUGCAUAAAAAUCGAAUUCUCCCAAAAAGGACACUCCGAAAAAUUCCGCGACGCCGUCGAAGCCCUGGAGACGGACCUGGACGACGAGCUGAAGCGCAGGAAUCUCAUCGGGCGGGUGCUCGAAGACAGGACGAACAAGAAUUUCUCGAUCAGGAGGAACGUGAACUUUUCGUGGCAGCGCGGCAUCAAAAUCGGUCAAGGCCGUUUCGGAAAAGUCUACACGGCGGUAAACAACAACACCGGCGAGAUGAUGGCCGUCAAAGAAAUCCCCCUACAACACAACGACACUCACACCAUCAAACGCAUAGCCGAAGAGAUGAAAAUCCUCGAAGGCAUCGUCGACGACAACCUCGUCCGAUCCUAUGGCGUCGAAGUCCACAAGGACGAGAUGCUCAUCUUCAUGGAAUACUGUUCGGAGGGCACUUUGGAACAUUUGGUGGCCGCCACCGAACGGGGCCUGCCCGAGCUGUUGGUGCGCAAGUACGCCUUUCAAUUGGUCUCGGGCGUCGCUUGUUUGCACGAUCACGGCGUGGUGCAUAGGGAUAUCAAAACGGCGAAUAUAUUUUUGACGGACGGCGGGAAUCGCUUGAAGAUCGGCGAUUUCGGUUGCGCCGUUCGGAUUAAAUCGAGCAUGACGAUGCCCGGGGAGUUGAAGGGGUUCGUCGGAACGCAAGCUUACAUGGCGCCCGAGGUGUUCACGAAAAACAUGUCCGAAGGACACGGCAGGGCGGCCGACGUCUGGUCGAUCGGCUGCGUGGUGGUGGAAAUGGCAUCGGGACAAAGGCCUUGGGCCCAAUACGAUUCGAAUUUCCAGAUCAUGUUCAAGGUGGGAAUGGGCCAGAGCCCCGAUCCGCCCCCGGACAUGAUCGACGAAGGGCUGGACUUUCUCGACAUGUGCUUCAAGCACGAUCCGAAGGAGAGGGCGACGGCUCGGGAAUUGCUCGCGCACGAUUUCGUUUUGUUGCCGGUUAAUUGCGGAUGAGAUUUUUGUGGGGUUUUUUUUUACCUCUGUCGAGAUAGUGGGAGCAAAUGAGCUGAAUCGAUUCGGACAUGUUGCAUUAUUUAGUGCUUAUUUUGGGCUAAUUUGUGCCACUAAAAGAAAAUUUGUACUACGUGCCGAUUUGACAAAAAUCGUGGCGCUGCUAGCUUAAUAAACUGCUCCACAAAGUUAAGGAAGUUCGCAAAUUUUGCGAUUAUUUUUAAAGUUACAGACUUUUUGCUCAUCAAAUUUUCAAAUAUGCGAAAUUAAAUAUUUUCUCUCAUCUUGUGAGUGGAUUUUUU